AUGUGUUGGUAGAGAAAGAAUCAAGAUAGGAGAGGCAUAGGCAGUGCACCAGAUGGAGAGAGGACGCCCCUCGUCAGCACCCCUUUACUGACCAUUAAUCACCCAGGACCAUUGUGGUGCUGUCCAGGGUUGCCCACAGCGCAGCCGCCCAGCAGAGGAUAGGAUAGAGGGGGCAGGGAAUCUGUAGCCUGCAGGGAGAAAGGAAGGGUAAAAGAAUGACAUCCGGGGAACGGCCUUCUAAAUGUAUCCCUCUCCGGCCGGUACUGCUGGGUUUUGGGGCAGCCCUACUAUCGUUCUAUGUCUCCGCUGUGCUUUCCCAGGUUCCGGAUCCAGAGCUUUCACCGACAAAUCCUCCAAAGAAGCCAGACCCAGUCACUUCAGAAACAGUGGUAUUCUGGGGAUUGCGGUUAUGGCAGGUCAUUGGCAUCUUCUCUAUGUUUAUUCUAGCAGUCAUCAUAACCCUAUGCUGCAUCUUCAAAUGCCGUAUCCCCAGAACGAAGAAAGAGAUUGAGGCGCGACAUGCUCUAAGAGUAGCAGCUAAAGACUACGCUAACACACUGGAGACUGUGCCUCCUCUUAAUGAGCUCACAGAGAUCCCAGGAGCCAUUCCGGACAUUUCCUCCCUUCCGACGGUCUCUGAACAGGUCCAGGCUCGCGGCGCCAGCAGCAGCCAGCUCACAGUGGUGAGAGAGGAGGAGGAGCUCACCGGCCCUCUCACUCUGCCCUAGACUGGAUGACUUCCCUCUCUCCUCUUCCUCCUCUUCGGCCCCCCUUCUCUCAGCCUGAGACUCCAUUACAUCCUUUCCUCAUUCCCUCUUGCCUUAUCUGUUCUUAACACCCCCGCCAUAUUUAUGUUUGGACAGUGAGCAAUCCACAAGAGGGAACAUUGGAUCAUACAGCUCAGCAUUUGCUCAUUUACAGAAAAGGUUUGAAUUGCUGUAUAGAAGAGUUAAUUGACUCAGUCAGUGUUUUCCACAACUAUAUAAAGAAAUGACUUCGCUAUUGUGGAGAAGGUGGCUUGCUGAAGAGUUAAAGUUGAAUUGAAUUUUCACUACUGCCUGAUAUGCUAUUUGUUUGUAUAGUUAUCCUUGUCUGUCAAACAUUUAUUGUACACUGGACACAAAACAGCAAAUGCAAUAUUUGACUGCCAACUGUGGACCAUGAAUAUACAGAGAUUAAUCUCAAAGCUUUCUGUCAAUUAUGGUGCACGUCUACAUCUGUCAGUCAUUAUUUGUGUUUCUCUUUCUCCCUCUCUGUGCCGGACUCAAUCUGUAAGCUUGGCUUUGAAUAAAUAUAACUUCCCUUUCAUGUAAGCUUUUACAGUGACAACCGUGACAACCACUGAUCCGGUUAUAUUUCAACCUAGCACCAACUAUGUCUGCACAUGCUAUCUGUCCCCAUGCAGUAUUGCACAGGUCUACAUAGACAUAUUCAGGUCUAGAAUAUCUAUAAUUCAUACUUAUCUACAAUGAAAGACACCACAAGAUGCAUUAACUUAUGUAGCCAACACUUUGCUAUAAACAUAAAAUCAACCAUGCAUCUGAGAUUAAUGGAAGCCUAGCUAGCGGUUACAGUUAUAGGCCAGUAACUGAAAGGUUGCUGGUUUGAAUCAUAAUGUUGUUGUGCCCUUGGGCAAGGAACUUACCCCCUAAUUGCUCAUUAUAUUGUUCCUGAUAAUAUCACCUGCUAAAAGACUGAAAUGUCAGAGGGAGGCAUAACUUAAUGCUAACUGCUCCUGUGGCUUUGGACAAGUGUGUGUGGUAAAUGAAAUGUAACAAAAAAUAUUGAUAUCUAGAUAUUGUUUAGACUCAUUGGCAACACCGAGGUCCAUUUGUUAAUCCCCAAAUUCAUCCACAUGUAAUUUAGGGCUAUUUUAUAUUUCAUCUAAUGCUAUUGUAAAUGUUAGGGCUGAAUGUUUGAGGUUGUUUCAGAAAUGUUUGUGCUAUUUACACAAUUAUAUACACAGCUA